AGGGUAGAUCGGCACGUGGGGGCCGUACCGCGGAGCCGCAGCCGGGUUUGUCGUACCGGGGGUGCAGACAGCGCUCGGCGCUUCCCCAGCAGAGCGCGAUGUGACCCCGGGGGACCGCCAUGGCCCUGCUGCCAGCCGGAGGGGCCCGGCAGCACCGCACAGCCCGGGGGGAGCGCGGCGAGGAGGAGGCGGAGGAGACCCCCCGGCAGCGCUCAGCACCCGCUGCAGAUGAGUGCCCCCACCCAGGUGCUCGCAGGACGUCGGCAGUCACUCGGCACUGAGGGCAGCACGGAGACAUGAGCGGCAGCACGCUCCCUGUGACCAGCAAGGGGAAAUGGAGUUGGGCCGGAUCAUCCCUGUGAUUUCCAUCCCCAUCCCUUUGGGGAGGAGCCCUGAUGCUGUCCCCCACCUGCAGAGCCAGCGCGCCGCCGUCUUCGUGCUUCUCUUCGCCCUGCUCAUGCUGCUGAUCAUCUACAGCUCCAGCAGUGGGACCGAGGUGUUCCCCUACAGUGCGCUGCGGGGCAGAGCCCGGCGGCCCCCCAACCUGCGGCACUGGGGGGUGAGCAGCGGGUACCUGCCCGUGUCUGGGAACAAGAGCCUGACUGCCCACUGCCACCAAUGCGCCAUCGUCACCAGCUCCAGCCACCUCCUGGGCACCCACCUGGGCGCCGAGAUCGACCAAACCGAGUGCACCAUCCGCAUGAACGACGCUCCCACCACCGGCUAUGAGGCCGAUGUGGGCAACAAGACCACCUUCCGUGUGGUGGCCCACUCCAGCGUCUACCGCGUCCUCAAGCGGCCCCAAGAGUUUGUCAAUAAAACCCCGGAGACCAUCCUCAUCUUCUGGGGGCCACCGGCCAAGAUGCAGAAGGGGCUGUUGAAGAUCAUCCAACGCGUCGGCGCAUCCUUCCCCAACAUGACGGCCUACAUCGUCUCCCCGCACCGCAUGAAGCAGUUCGACGAGCUCUUUCGGGGGGAGACGGGGAAGGACAGAGAGAAGUCGCGCUCGUGGUUGAGCACGGGUUGGUUCACCAUGGGGAUUGCGGUGGAGCUGUGCGACACCGUCCACGUCUACGGCAUGGUGCCCCCCAACUACUGCAGUCAGCGUCCGCAGCCCCGCCGCAUGGCCUACCACUACUACGAGCCCAAGGGCCCCGACGAGUGCACGACGUACAUCCACAAUGAGCGCAGCCGCCGCGGCAAUCACCACCGCUUCAUCACCGAGAAGCGCGUCUUUGCCAGCUGGGCCGCCCCCUACAACAUCACCUUCUCUCACCCCACCUGGCCUUAGGGCAGCUGCACUGAGCGGGGAGCCCUGGGGAUGGGGUCCCUUCGAUUCGGGGUCCUUUUGAUUCAGGGUCAGUUUGGGACGGGAUCUCCUUGGCUUGGGGUCCCACUGGGAUGAGGUCCCGUUGGUUUGGGGUCCCAUUGGGAUGGGGUCUCCUGGGGGUAGGAUCUCUGUGGGAUGAAGUCCCCUUGGCUUGGAGUCCCCUUAGUUUUCAGUUCAGGGAUUCCUUGGCUUGGGGUCUCCCGUGCGAUGGUCCAGUCCCCUUGGUUUGGGAUCCCUUUGCUUCAAAGUCCCCUUGGUUUGGGGUCCAGGCUGCACCGUGCACCGCAGGGCUGAUACAGCCAUCAGGGCCACAUGCCACCACUGUGCCCAUGGCGUCUGCACAGCCGUGACAUCGUGGGUUUUGGGGUGUCCUGCGGGACAUGGGAACUCUGCAUGGUCCCAGCUCAGAACCUCCCAGGCUGCAUUGCAGCCCAUCACCCUGAGAGCACACGGGGGUGCAGGUGCAUGGUCCCCUUUGGCUGGCAUGGGGGUCGCAUUGCUUUUGGGGCAAAAUUCCAGCCCCCCACUCCCCACUUUCCCUCAGCACAAAUCCUAACAGUGUCACCAUCCCCAGAACAGAGACCUCAGGAGCCACCCCAGUGAGGACCAAGGGGCUGACACUGCCAACGUGGUGCCGGGGAGGGGGAGGUGGGGAGGGGGAGCCAAUACCACACAGCACUGCCGGAACCUUUUGUAACCUGGCCGUGGGAUUUGGGGGACUUUUUUUCCCUCCUGGUGCCGGUGUUUGGAUUUCCACCGUGGAGCCACGCGAUGCUCGUCACUCAUCAGCCCCUCACAAACUAUUCAGAAGCGUUUGGACGCUGAGCCCCGGCGGGGUGGCAGCCCCGUGCCUCAGUUUCCCCCUUGGCCGACGCAGCGGGGGGGG